AUGCCUAUUACAUUUGUUACGUGUGCACCAGUAUAUAUGCCACCCUUAUUCGAGCAUAUAGAUACAUUCUAUGUGUUGGAGAAAGGGGAUAAGAAUAUUUCCCAACCGAUUUCCCAGGCUCUUUCUGAACAGGUACAAAAGCGUACAUCCACCUACGUAUCGCAUUGUACUCAAGGAUUUGAUGUGUCAAACGAGCACUAUCAAGUUUCAGAGUUUAAGUUUCGACGUGGCGGCAGAGGAGCACCACCUUGGGGAGAUGAAAAUUGGCAAGCUGCUUGCUUCAAGGCAGGUGUCGAUAAGUUUGGUAGCGGCCCCAAUUUCGAGGAAAAAGUUCCCAUGCUAGUGUAUGCCGUUAUUGAUUAUCGCCUGCUCUCUGACAUGUACCAGAAGGCAUCAAAAAAGAAUGGCACAAUUGGAGGUGACUGCGUGUUUGAAGUGAACGACAGCCGGCAUCUAUUCAGUGGGUCCACAUAUCCGAUGACCCACGAUUUGUGGGGGCUUCAGUUACAGAGGAAUAUGAAACAAUUGAAUAAUAGGAGGUUAAGAUACAGAAUGAAGCUUGAAGCGAACUUCAUUAAACCGGCUUCUUUUUCCCAAAGCGACAAUCAUAAGAUCAUUCUUCCUGGGACGAAUGUAGCCGAUGUGCUUUCCCUCGGUUUGAAAUUUCUGAGAACAAUAUUUGGCCCUUCAAAAUCAGAUGUCUUUACAGUCCAUAAGGUAACAGUGGCAUUGAAAGAGCUUACUUGUGCCCCAAGGUGGCAGGGAGACAGGAUAUUGCUUUACAACUCUUCCAAGUACUUGCGAGAAGAAGAACUCCUUAAUGUUAAUGUCAAGGAAAAAAUACACUUUGAUAGAAUAAAGGAGCGUCCUUGCGUUUACUGGUUACCACGUAAGUUGUAUGACUGCCAAAUACCACCAAUAGGUCCGACCUUCUUCUCCAAUACAUUAACGCGAAGUUAUGCUUUGGAGAUAGCUGUAUAUUUUAAGCGGGACGGCAAGCCCAAGCCGAUUGUAUGCUCCACUUUUGUGGAGAUAUGUGUUGCAAGGAAAGAUACUGAUUUCAAACCCAGCAUUGCAAAGUUAGAAACGCCUGUCCCAUGGGAAAACAAGCCUCAUCGUACUCUUAUUUGCACUGAGACUUUUGCUCGUUCCAGCUUCGUGCCUCAUUAUAUUGGCAAGUCAUGUUUUGAGAAUUCCUGGUCUGAUAAUGCUUACAUUCAUGGGUAUUUGACCAAAUGCUUCAUCACUAACACGGGUGUGCUUGCAGUGACCAAAGUGGAUGUUUUUGGUUACCGAAGCCUGGAUGAGAAGCUUUUAAAGCGUGUGCGUGAAAGGAACACCCAUAUGGGUGGCAGUAAUGUGCCUAUUGACAAUUGUGUUCUGUGCAGAGUUUUGACUCCGAAAGAGGUCGAAAACGUGGACGGCUUUAGAUCCCCUGAACCAUAUGGGGGCCUCUUUGUAAAGGCCGGGUGGCAAUACCAGGAAGCCCCUCUCUCUUUUGCCUUCUUUGACAAGAAAGAUAAGUAUGAUACUCACAUAUUUAGAGCAAAAGAUCUUUUUCCGGGUGGCUUCCCACUGACAUGGUAUCUUGGUCUCCAAGCCACAUUCACUAAACACAAGUAUUUCAAGCAGUCAGAUGAUGCUAAUGUUGUAAAGCAGGACAUCAACUUUUCUGAAUUUUUGAAACUUCGCUUGUUUUACCCAAUGGCAUUCAACGACGCAUGCCAUCGUGCCGACGUUCAAGGAGAUCAUGAAAUAACUAUUACUGGUGUUCUGAUUAUUCUACGCAAGAUAGAUGGAACUCAUGAACGAGGCGAUGAAGAUACUACUAAAGUUUAUGAUUUUUUAGUACAUGAUCGGGUAUGUCAAGAGAGUUUUAAAUGGAGUGAAUUUGAUGGCUGUGACAUGAAUGAUCCGUGCAAUGUUACUAUGGAUGUGCCUAAAGAUCUUAUUGAUUCCAAGUUUCCAAGUGUUUCACCUACGAUUUAUUGCAAUCUGUAUCACAGACGCUAUAAGUUGAAGAUAGUUAUGGAUGUAAGGGUGAGGAUGGGCGUUUGGGAGGUCCAGCGUUCCAUGAAAGUCCGCCUCCAUAUCAACAUUGCUUCGAUCCAUAAUUAUUGA